CAUUUGCAGUGUGGUAAGGUAGGAAGCUAAUGCGGGUGAGACGAUGGUAAAGUAAGGUAACAUUUAAAGUUGAUGAGGUUAUUAAGAUUGACGGUCUUUGAGUAGCAUUGUGGUCAGUUCGUCAGUCCCUUCGCUAACCGUUGUCCUGAGAAAACGUAUGUGAAGCCUUAUCUGGGACAAGCAUUCGUCCCCUGUCGUUUGUGCAGAUGCCUCGUUUGGAAACGUCAAAUAGCAGAGGCACAAAAAGACCAAAAUUAGACUGGAAGUUUGUUCAGAGGUUCUGCAGCAUCCAGAAAGUCCUGUUCCCAUCAUGCACCAGUCAAAGUGCUCUUAUGUUUGGGACGCUGCUUGCUGUCACCCUGACAGAGCAGCUGAUCAUUUACCAAGUGGGUGUCCUCCCCAGCCACUUCUACAAUGUGCUGGCAGACAAAGAUUACUCUGCCUUCAAGAGUCUGGUGGGCACAGCUAUGGUGCUCAUCUUGCUCAACUCCACACUGAAAAGUUUUGACCAGUACAUUUGCAAUCAGAUGUAUGUCAGCUGGAGGAAGACGCUAACUGAGAGCCUCCAUACAUCCUACUUCCAGGGCCGAGUCUAUUACACUCUCAAUGUACUCCGAGAGGAUGUGGACAAUCCAGACCAGCGGAUCAGUCAGGAUGCGGAGAGGUUGUGUAAACAGAUGAGCACCAUGGCCAGUCGUUUGAUUGUCUCACCGUUUACAUUGACUUACUAUACCUACCACUGCCUUUACAGCACCGGUUGGAUCGGUCUUGUGACUAUAUUUGGCUAUUUUGUAAUUGGGACCAUUGCUAAUAAAAUUCUCAUGGGGCCGAUUGUGUCGACUCUGUUUGAGCAAGAAAAACUGGAGGGUGACUUCAGAUUCAAGCACAUGCAGAUCCGCGUCAAUGCAGAGUCUGCAGCUUUUUACAGAGCUGGUAAAGUGGAGCACAUGAGGACCAACCGAAGACUGCAGGCUCUGCUGCAAACUCAAAAGAGUCUAAUAAACAAAGAGCUGUGGCUCUACAUUGGGGUAAACACCUUUGACUACCUUGGAGGCUUCCUCAGCUACAUUAUAAUUGCCAUCCCCAUCUUCACUGGUGUCUACAAUGGUCUCACACCUGGUGAGCUCAGUGCGGUCAUCAGUAAGAACGCCUUUGUCUGCAUCUACUUGAUAAAUGGCUUCACGCAGCUAAUAGACCUGUCAACCACUCUGUCAGAUGUGGCUGGAUACACCCACAGGAUUGGGGAGCUGAGGGAGGUGAUGGAUGACAUCCUACGCAAGCAGUGUGACUAUGACCCGGCGUCAGGGGAAAGCUAUGACUUUGACAGUGACUUCAACGUCCAUGCGGGCCCUGUGGACACUGCCUUUAUCCUGGACCAUCUAUCAUACAAAUCUCCUUACUCUGAUCAGCUGCUGGUGGAGGAUCUGAGUUUGAAAAUCAGUCAGGGAACACAUCUACUGGUGGUGGGGAACACGGGCACCGGCAAGACGUCACUACUGAGGGUCCUCAACCGACUCUGGGAGGCACACAGCGGUUUCGUCCAGAUGACCACAUGUUUCGGGCCCAGAGGAACCCUUUUCCUGCCACAGAAACCUUACCUGACUGAUGGCACACUGCGUGAACAGGUGAUCUACCCACUGAAGGAUAUUUACCCUGAAUCAGGGUCAGUGGAUGAUGCCCGAAUUAUGCAGUUCCUGGAACUGGCUGGAGUAGCCAGUCUCUUGAAGCGAACAGGUGGGCUGGAUGAAAGGGUGGACUGGAACUGGUAUGAUGUCCUGUCUCCAGGCGAAAUGCAGCGUCUGUGCUUUGCUCGACUUUUCUACCUGCAGCCUAAAUAUGCAGUGUUGGAUGAGGCAACCAGUGCUUUAACGGAGGAAGCCGAAGCACAGCUGUACCGCACCUGUAAACAGCUCGGCAUGACUUUGAUCAGUCUGGGACAUCGUAGAAGCCUGGAGAAGUAUCACGAUAUCCAGCUGAAACUGUGUGGAGAAGGCCGGUGGGAGUUAACAAAGUUAAAAGGAGGCAGAGAAGAAACUACGUGACUGCAGAAUUGAGUCUUUGAAAUCCUGGACACGCGGGACAAGACGACAACAGAAAAAAACUCCAGAGUUCAUCAGCUACUAACACUCAAGUGCUCUUCAACAAGGUGCUUUAAAAGCCACUUCCUCCAGCCGGAGGUAACCCCACUGUACACAUCCAGGUUGUAUGUAUUUAUGUAUGGACUCGGGUCUGCAGGCAUUUUAAAAGGAUAACAUUUUUCACCAGCCCCAUUGGUUAAAUACCAGGGUAAUGGGUGGGAGUACAUCAUUUUCACAAAGAAGAUGGUAGUUUGGAGGACACAUGUUUGUCAAGAGUGGGAAUUCAGCCAAAAUGUCCUGGACUCAAAGACUUUUCCAUGUGAAUGUUUUUGAUGGCUGUCACCAGUCAUGACACAUCAGGAAAGAAAAAAAAAAAAAAAAACACUCCGUAAGUCUUUUGUGUUUUUAUAUGAGGUUGCAUUUUUAUUGUGUUUACAAUCAUUACAUUUGGAAUUGGUUCCAGCUGUGUCACAAAAACUCAUGGAUCGGAGCACAGCUGUGGAUUGAAUCCAGUGUUAUAGUUAUUUACCCGAUUUCAUAAAAAUUGAAUCAAUUUUUUUUGUUUCAAUAAAAACAAUUUUUGACCCAA